AAACUGCUCGAGCUGGAAUUCACGAGAGAAAACUCCCGUUUUGUUAGUGUUGCCAUAGGCGACGGAGAUGCUACAAUAGGCGUGUCACGCUCGAUUACCCACAGGAAAGAGAACCCAAAACUGUAGGAAAGAGAAAUGGCCGGAACGCCGCGCGAUGCCCAUCCCUGUAGCACGAUUGAGAAGCUGCGGCUGAAGUGUCUGGAGCGAGGAGCCGCCGGGAUAAAGGGCCUGUCAAGGACGUUCCGCAUUAUGGACGAGGACCGCAGCAAGUCGCUGGAUCUGCAGGAGCUGCUGCGGGGGCUGGAGGCCUACGGCAUGUCCGUCAGCCGAGACGAGGCCCAGCACAUCCUCAGCACCCUGGACAAGGACGGGGGCGGGACCGUCGACUUCAGCGAGUUCCUGGAGGCCCUGCGGCCCCCCCUGUCCUGCAGCAGGCGGGCGGUGAUCACGGCGGCGUUCAGCAAGCUGGACCGCAGCGGCGACGGCGUGGUGACCGUGCUGGACCUGCAGGGCGUGUACGACGCGACGCAGCACCCCAAGUUCCGCAGCGGCCAGUGGAGCGAGGAGGAGGUGUUCCACGCCUUCCUCGACAGCUUCGACUCCCCGUAUGACAAGGAUGGGAAGGUGACGCUGGAGGAGUUUGUGAAUUACUACAGUGGCGUCAGCGCAUCCAUCGACAGCGACGAGUAUUUCGUCACCAUGGUGCGCAAGGCAUGGAAACUGUAGGCCACACCCACCCUCGUCAGGUGCAUAUAUCUCGCACUCCGAUUGGCUCCAUUGGGGACAGACCAGAGAAUCUCAAAAGCAGUUAAUUUUCAUAACAUUAACAAGCUUCAUUCCUGAUAUCACGUUUUCUAUAUUUCCAAAAUGUCCUGGGCAUGUCCUGUGUGCGGUAUAGACUGUCCUGUGUGUGGUGUACUGUCCUGGUGUGGUGUAGACUGUCCUGUGUGUGGUGUACUGUCCUGGUGUGGUGUAGACUGUCCUGUGUGUGGUGUACUGUCCUGGUGUGGUGUAGACUGUCCUGUGUGUGGUGUACUGUCCUGGUGUGGUGUAGGCUGUCCUGCGUGUGGUGUAGACUGUCCUGUGUGUGGUGUACUGUCCUGGUGUGGUGUAGACUGUCCUGCAUUUUUAUGUUCGCUCCUAUUCUCCUAUCUGCUCACUUCCCUGCUAAUCUGAAAGAGUGCAAAUAAAGCUUUGGAAGAAAACCUG